GCUUGGACAAAGCUGGAUGUCCUGGAGAGACUCACAGCUCACAACGGAGAGAAGUCUUACGUUGGUUUGAAGGAGGCGAUGGCUCAGGGCGGCGAUUGGGAAGCAUUUUGCCGAUCUGAUGACAUGCAGCAGAGGGCUUUCCCGAAGCCUUGGGAUACGAAGCUAUCAGCCUUUGAGAAAGCUCUCGUGGUCAAGAGCUUGCGCGAGAACUUCUUGAACAUGGUGGCGCGAAAUGUUGUCCUAGAAGAGCUUGGCCAACUCUUCAUUGAGUCGCCGCCUUUCAACCUAGCGAGUUGUUAUGCUGACUCUGUUGCCACAAUGCCUCUCAUCUUCGUACUAUCAGCCGGAGCUGACCCCACUGAGUACUUGUUGACAUUGGCCGCAGAGAAGGGCUACACCGAGAAGCUGCAUUUUAUCUCGUUGGGCCAAGGGCAGGGCCCCAAGGCUGAAGCACUGAUCAAGCUUGGUUGGGACACAGGCGACUGGGUUUGCUUGCAAAAUUGCCAUUUGGCAGAUAGCUGGAUGCCAAGGCUCGAGGCCAUCCAGGAAUCACAAGACCCCGAGAAGAUCAACGAAGACUACAGGCUUUGGUUGACCAGCAUGCCAUCUCCGAAGUUUCCCGUUCCAGUUCUGCAAAGUGGAAUCAAGAUCACCAAUGAACCUCCGAAAGGACUGCGUGCGAAUCUGGGCCGUACGUACCAAGAUAUUGCAGAGGAUGUCUUCGAAGGCUGUCCUUCGAAACCAUUCGAGUUCAAAAAGCUUUUGUUCGGCCUGGCAUUCUUCCACGCUGUGAUCCUGGAACGCCGAAAGUUUGGCCCCAUAGGCUGGAACAUCCCCUACGAAUGGAUGGAUUCAGAUUUCCAGGUCUCAAGAGAGCAAGUUCGAAUGUACUUGGUGUCUCAACCUGAUGUUCCUUGGAUCACACUGAGGUACAUCAUUGCAGAGGUGAACUAUGGAGGACGAGUCACUGAUGACAAGGAUGUGAGACUCAUUUCAGCGGUACUGAAAGGAUAUUUCAGCGAGGGGAUCCUGGAGAAGGGCUUCAAAUUCGCUGGGCUUGAUGCCUAUUGGGUACCUGACGAAGGCUGUUUGCAGGAGACCAGAGACUACUUGAAGUCGCUGCCCAUGGAUGAGGAGUCCAGAUUUGAAGCUUAA